CUUCAAGAAGAAAAUAAAAAAUUUUCUGAAAAGUUGAAAUUAUAUGAACAAAAAGAUAUUUUUAUGUCUAAAUAUUUUGGAAAGUCAUAUACUGUUACUGAAGAAACUUUUCAAGAAGAAGAGAAUGAAAUCCAAGAAGAAAAUUGGACUUCAUUAAUAGAUAUUAAAGAAAAUGAAGAAAAAGAUGAUUGGUUAAUUAAUUUUAAUCAAUCACAAGAAGAAAUCGAAUAG